GAGAGAAAACAGCUUCAUUUGCGCUCUGCGUGUUUUUUUCUUCGACGAUGGAAUUUUUGGAGCUCGCCGGGAUCCGAGUUUCUCGAUCGCAGCGACCAUUCUAAUUCAUUGCCGCGUCUCGUCGUCUUCGUGGCGCGUAGCCUUCACUGUCGCUUUGAUUCUACUCUCUCUCUCUCUCUUUCUCUCUUCGGCUUUGGUGAAUAAACUCAUGAAGGCUUAGAGGUUGGUGGGUUCGAGUGCGUGCAUUCUUUGGGGGAAGAAGCUGAAUUUGGGAAUUUUUGACGGAGAGAACAAUGACGACCAGGAGUGAGCAUCACACGGUGCCGCUCUCGGUGCUGCUCAAGCGUGAAUUGGCGAACGAGAGGAUCGAGAGGCCGGAAAUCGUGCAUGGUCAGGCCAGCCAGAGCAAGAAAGGGGAGGAUUUUACAUUGCUAAAGACGGAAUGUCAAAGGAUGGUUGGAGAUGGGGUCUCUACGUACUCGGUAUUUGGGCUAUUUGAUGGACACAAUGGAUCUGCUGCUGCUAUAUACUCUAAGGAGAAUCUCCUCAAUAAUGUGCUAAGUGCUGUUCCUUCAGAUCUUAACAGAGAUGAAUGGGUUGCAGCACUUCCAAGGGCUUUGGUUGCUGGCUUUGUUAAAACUGAUAAAGAUUUUCAAGAGAAAGUACAAACAUCAGGAACAACGGUCACCUUUGUGAUAAUAGAAGGAUGGGUUAUAACUGUUGCAUCUGUUGGUGAUUCCCGUUGCAUACUUGAAUCUGCUGAAGGCUGUAUUUAUUACUUGUCGGCAGAUCACAGACUUGAAUGCAAUGAAGAGGAGAGGGAUCGUAUCACUACAAGUGGGGGCGAGGUGGGCCGGCUUAAUACCGGUGGUGGUGCAGAGAUUGGUCCUUUGAGGUGUUGGCCUGGUGGUUUGUGUCUUUCACGGUCAAUUGGUGAUAUGGAUGUUGGCGAGUACAUUGUUCCUGUUCCUUAUGUAAAGCAAGUGAAGCUAUCUACGGCUGGUGGUAGGCUUAUUAUCUCAAGCGACGGUGUUUGGGAUGCUUUAGCUGCAGAAACAGCUCUUGAUUGUUGUCGUGGGAUGCCAGCAGAUGCUGCAGCUGCACAAAUUGUUAAAGAAUCAUUACAAGCAAAGGGACUUCGUGAUGAUACAACUUGCAUUGUAAUAGAUAUUUUACCACAGGAGAAGCCAGCUGCUCCUUUGCCACCACCAAAGAAGCAGGGAAAAGGCGUGUUUAAGUCCAUGUUUCGUAAAAAGUCCUCAGAAUCGUCUUCUUAUGUUGACAAAGAAUACAUUGAGCCAGAUGUGGUGGAGGAAAUGUUUGAGGAAGGAUCUGCUAUGCUUUCAGAGAGGUUAGAUACGAAGUACCCGCUCUGCAACAUGUUUAGAUUGUUCAUGUGUGCAGUAUGUCAAGUAGAGAUGAAGCCUGGAGAGGGCAUUUCAAUACAUUAUGGUUCAUCAAAACCAGGAAAGUUGCGUCCAUGGGAUGGCCCUUUCCUUUGCUUAAGUUGCCAAGAGAAAAAAGAAGCCAUGGAAGGGAAAAGACCAUCAGGGGAUAGACAUAGUAGUGGAAGUGACUAGCCAACUCUCCUCAACUAUAUUCAUAUUUUGAGAGCACUAACAAUUGUUUCAAAUUCGAUCAUAAAUGGGAAGUUGGAGCUUCCUCAUAAAAAUAUUAUUUCCCUUCAAUUUCUCAUGGAGGGUGUUCAGCAUUUGGAUCCAUUUCGGCAUUUCACUUCAGGAUCAUUUUGGAUCUCUUUUUGAUGUUUCCUUGCUUCAAGUCAGAAGAUCACAGUUUGAGGUGCUUGCCUUUUUGAAGAUGUGUUUUCUGACUUCCACAGUGAUGCUACAACUCUGCCUGUCCCUGCUUCCUCAAAAGAGUUGUGGAAGGCUUUGAAAAAUUCACCAGUGGAUAGAUAACGAAGCAUUGAAGGUAAUUCAUUUCUUUCUGGAUCCAUUCCACUGUAUACCGAUUCUGCCAAUUCAUAGAGCUAACAUUUAAUUAAAGCGGCCUUGCGUGUAAUAUUAUCGUAUAGGGAGUUUCAUGAGACCUCUUAUAGGUUCAUUCCGAAUUUGGAAAAAAUGUUUGACACGGCUUGCUGAAUGAAUGUUUUCAUGUAGCAUAAAAGUUUAUCCUGCCUUUGACUAGUAGGAAGGUAAACCAGUGGAAUAGAAAAUAUGCGUUGAUUUUUGA